UGUUCAGUCAUCUUCCAGUCUCUUUCCUGUGACCGCCCCAGCAGAUCUUGCUCCUCGAAGACGCAGCAAUGUUGAGGAAGACUGUGCCAGCGGCUGGUUGGUGUCUGACAUGCUUGGAGGCUCUGGAGGCGGCAGAGGACGCCACGUCGCUGCGCGCCUCGCUCGCUGACCUGGCGGCUGCGCUGCUGCAACUGGGCGGCCUGACCACGCGCUGGGCCCGGGACGAACGCCUGGGUCGAGUUCGCCACCAACUAGGGUGCUGCAUCCCAGCGCUGCUCGCAGCCACCCGCGGCCACCUCCGGCACCCGUACGAUCCACAGCUGGUGGCUUCACGGCGCCGUGUCUAUGCUCUGACCAGGCAGAGCCUCAGAGAGCUUCUGGUUGUGCUGCAGCCCGGUGUCGCAGGACACGGUGCGCGCUCUCAGAAUGGCGCAUUGGCGCUUCGUCUGCAGAAGCUGCGGCAGGUCCUGGAGGAGCCCGGGCCGAGCCACCUGCGUGAAGGGCUGCUGGAUGCGCCACUGGCCGCCGUGGUGUGGCACUGCCUGCGCCUAGCCGCCUGCUCCACUCCUCGGGAGAGGAUGCACCUAGUGUCCCAUUGCCACCAGCUGCUGCAGGUCCGCCCCGGGGUGCACCGACCUCACCAGCCCAGCUCAGGAGCAGAAUGCGAAGCUCUGCGGGCCGCGACUGAUGCGCUCUUUCAGGGAGUCCGAGCUGGGUUACUGCGCCAGAUUCUGGACACGUUCACAGAUACCUACAGUCCUCUAGAGAGGCUGGUCCAGGCCGCCUUGACGACCUCCACUAUCAGGUCUCGGUGCAAUAGCGAAGCCUUGGCAGAGACUCUCGGGCUUCUCCUUGAUGCUUUCCACAACCAAGCGAAGCAGAUGAUCCGAGUGGCACACUUGGUUUGGGUCUGCUGCCCCCAGCAGCAAACUGGCAGAGACGUGGAGGCUGCCGUGGCAGGUCUUUGGGGGCUUGUGGUCAAAGCGAAGGAACUCUUUUCUCAAGGUCCCCAAACACGUGACCUGGACUGGAGCCCUGCCACCCUGCAGGCACUACUUGAGGCCUGGGCCAGGGAAUCCGAACACCUCUUGGCAUGCUUUGAUGUCGUUCUCGAUAUUCCUGAAUUCCUGAGUUUGUCCAUCCAGGAAAUGACUGAACACUUGAACCUGUACACAAGGGCUCUGAGGAGCGGAGCGUCCAGAGAGUUUUCCAGAUCUGUGGCGUUCUUACGCGGAAGAGCCACACACAUAGUUCAGGUGAUGAGCAGGUAUGUGGGUCAAGACCCAGACCCCAUUUUCCGAAACGGGAUGAGAGUCGUGGUUCAGCAGCUGGCACAGUCUUCCUUGACGCUGGCUGCAGCCACUGAUGGCAGCACAGGUCGAGACAGCGCUCAGGACACAGGUGCCUUUUUAACGAUGGCAAAACAUCUCAUCUAUUCUGCUCAGCAAGUCCAUGAGGGGCUGGAUGGGACCAGCCACCCAGACAUCCUCAGCCCGCUUCGAUUCCAAGUCCAAAGGUUUGAUAUUGCCACGCGAUGGCCUUAUUUCAUUCUCCCCAGCCUCCAGCAUCCCACAGCUCCCGCAAUGAAAUACCAGCAGGUACCUGGGUUAGAGGAAAGUGGCACAAACAGCUCUUUCCUACCAGUAGAACAACUUUCCUACACAGUGGUCCCUGACCCCUGCAAACAGGGGUGGGGCUCCCCAUUCCUUGCUGUCAACAAAGUCAUCACUGCUAUGGAGAACCAGGAUCACCGGGUAGUGACCUCAUCACGUACCAGCUUGCCAGAGCGGGAGUCAUCUAUGAAUACAGCCCAAGAAAUCCAGGCUGAGGAAGAACCCCUGGGGCCAGAAAGGACAGCAACAAAACUACACGAAUUUUCUACAGUGGUACCUUUGGUUACUGACCUAGCCAAGGAGGAAGUCUAUAGCACAAAUACUAGAAGUGACAGGCUUCUGGGAGUGGCUUUUCAGCAAUCUGGGAGGAUCAGGGAAGCCAGGCAAGAUCUGGUAGCCAGGGCUGGUGACUGGUACUGUCUGUGUCAACAACUAUUUUUCCAUAGCCUAGCGGCUGAAUUACCAGGAAGCAUGGCAGCGUUUAUGGAGCUUCAGCAGAAUUUGGCCUCAAUGGUUCAACUAGCAGGCAAAAGUGGCCCGGUGAAGAGCCCUGACCCAAUGGAGCACCCAGGAGUGCUUUUAGAGCUGCAAAGCAGAUUGGAAAAAACAGAGAUCCAUGCUCAACAGCUGUUGGACCAAGUUCUGUCCUCUGAUGGUCUCCAAGCCUCCAAGCUGAGGGAAGAGGACAUUGACAGUGGGUGCCUUCUAUGGGCAGCAGCUGUCCAGGACCUGAUGCAGUGCAUGGAGAGACUGAGCAGGAGACCAGGUCUGUUUCUACUGCCCCUGCAACAAGCCGUGAAGAACCAGAAAGGGUUGCAGGAAGGGUUAGAUCAGGCAGCAGAUGUUUCUCAAAGGUUACAGGAGGCUGCUGAGCUGUCUAGCAUUCUGUGUGGGGAUGAGCAGGUGAAGGGUGAGGUCUCCUUUCUGCGUGGGGAAGUUCAUGUACUCACAGAUGCAUUGCUGGAGGUGGUACACAUCUUGGUCUCCUCCCCCAAGCCAUGUCCCAGUCUCUCCACACGCUUUGAGCUUCUCUGCUUGGAACUCAGCCUUCGAGUCAAGGCCCUGACUGACUACCUGAGUAGUAUCAAUGCUGUCUAUGAGCAUAUGUUCCAAGAUGCUGUCGGCAAGGGCUCCCAGACGAGGAUGCUGUCUGUCAUCCAAGCUGUGCAGGGAAUCAUAGCAGGAGGUCAAGAGUCUGGAUCCUUCCAGGAAGAUCUUCUUGUGUCUCUAGAGAGCAUGCUCAUGCUCACUAAGGAGGUAGCCAAGACGGUCCCUGUGCUCCAAGAACACCCGGAGGAGCUGGGGUUGCAUAUGCUGGACCGGCUUCGGUGGGAAUGGGCAGCCAAGGCCCACCAUGCAGUGACUCAGCUCCAGGCCUUGGAAGGCUGUCGCACUGAGGCCUGGAGACUCCUGGUCCAAUGCUUGAAACCCAGGGAGGAGCCAGCAAAGGGCCUAGAAGAGGAUCCCGUCCAGCUCCAGCAGCACUGUAAAGAGGGUGCACCAGGAACCACUGCAGGAGGCAGUGGGAAUUCUCAGGAUGCUGUUCCCAAAGGCACCCCAGAAAGUUCAAUGGAGACCUGUGCAGAGGAGCUAGCCUCCGCCAGGACCACCACAGCGGACCUGAGCACGCGCCAGAGUGGCAUCCCCUCUCUGCCUCCUGCUCAGAUGGACCAGACUCUUCCAAACCACGGCAGUGCACACAGUGAGAACAGGAUCACCCAGAUCACACAAGAGAUGGCCAAGGAGGUGCUCCUGAUGGCUCAGAGCUUGAGGAAGAGAGGGCCAGGCCUGACCAAAGAUCAGCUCAUUGCCUCAGCCAGAAAAAUCUCAGCUUCCGGAAAAAACAUCACCAGACUCAUUGGCAUCAUUGCUAAGAGCUGCAUAGAUCAGAGAUGUUCCCACGAGCUUCUGUGUCUGGUGGAGCAGAUUCAAACCAUGUGCAGCCAGCUCCGCAUCAUCUCCAGUGUAAAGGCCUCCCUAGCAAGAAACAAGUCCUCUGAAGAGCUCCUUGUGGAAAAUGCACAGAGGCUCCUCCAGGCCGUCUCCAAGACUGUGAGGGCUACAGAAGCUGCCUGUCUUCGGGGUUUGAGAUGGCCUUCUUCAGAUCCAGAGGAGCUGGAGGUUGCCGCCUUCUGCUCACAGUGGAAGAGGAAACUCCUACAACACCGACUUCAAGAAGCCUCAAACAAAGACUGUGAUGAGCUGGGCUUACGAAAAACAAGCACGAGGACCCUCCCCGCACUGGCAGCCCUGGUUCAAGAAGCAUUAUAAAAGCUGAGGCAUAUUCUCCAAGGCAGCCGGUGUGGACCAGUCCUUUGGCAGCUUAGCAUGCCUCUUGGGUUGAAUCCCAGACACAGGUAUGUGUGGCCAGGACUUGUGCUUUCCAGAGCUUCUCUGACAGCAUUCCUGGUUAAGAACACUGGGCACUGAUGGAAAUUUAACAGGGGAUGCUCCUGUCUCUAUGUGAUACAAUCAGGGAUUUUUUUUUUCUUUUUUUUUUGGUUUUUCGAGACAGGGUUUCUCUGUGUAGCUUUGCGCCUUUCCUGGAACUCGCUUUGGAGACCAGGCUGGCCUCGAACUCACAGAGAUCCGCCUGGCUCUGCCUCCCGAGUGCUGGGAUUAAAGGCGUGCGCCACCACCGCCCGGCACAAUCAGGGAUUUUAAGAAGAGCAGCACAAACAGAAAAUGAAUGGCAUGUGCUUUGAAGAGAAUUAGGCCCUUUCCUGUCUGUUUGUCUUACCCAUUCUUUCACUCUGUUCUCCUCACUCUGUUUUUUAAACCACUUUAUUAAUUCACAUAUCAUAGCAUUCAUACAUCUAAAGUUUAUCUUUAAUGGUUUUUAAUGCUCACAGAUUUAUGCAAGCACCAACACAAUUAGUUUAGAAUAUUUUAGGAUUCCCUGAGAGAAUCCCUUUAGUGGUCUUCUCCUUUUGCCCUAGCCUAGUAGCUAAUUCGAGAAAUCCACGGAGUUUGCUUAAAGGGCAAAGGGACUUACUAAGAAAGGAAGACUCACAAAACAGAACAGAGGAAUUGUCUCAGGGUCCUGGAAAAGGUGAGGCACGGUCCACGCUGCUCUUCUGCACCUGAGACUGUCCCAGCAUCCAAGUCCCAAGGGGGAGCAAAGAGAGUGUGCCUUUCAGGUCUAAAGGGUAGCCAAGAGGCCACGCCCCAGGGGCAUGUACUUCAUGGUCAUAGGCAGGUAGUGCUAUGUCUUUAGGGCUGGGUCAUAGAACAGAUAUCCGCUAAUGGGAUUAAUCCACGGAGUCUAUUUAAUGAGCAAAGGGAUUUAUUUGGGGGUUAACUCACAACCAUGGGAGAUUUAUCGUAGGGUCUGGGAAAAUUGAACUGUGCCCCACGCUGAUCUGCCUGGUCCAAGAUCUCAGCAUCCAAAAUGAGGUAGCCAAGAGAGAGUGCAUUAGUGCAUCCCAGGUCUUAAGGGUCCCCCAGCGGUCAGGCCCCAGGGGCAUGUACCUCAAGGUCAUAGGCAGGUGUAACAAUUACCUGCUACCUCACUAGGGACAGUGCUUCAGGGCAUGGCUCAAACAACCAUCCAGUACAAUCUGCUACAAGUAGCUGUUAAUUACUUUCUGUAUUUUGUAUAGGCUUUCCUAAACUGGACACUUCCUAUAAAUAGACUAAUAUAAGUGGUUCUUUGUGACUGGCUUACAUUGUUAGCAUUGAAAGGCCAUUUGUAUUGGUACUUCAUUUCUUCCUGCCAAAUAUUUCCCUUGUGUGGACAUGGCACACCUUACUUACAUGUUCACCAAUGGCUGGAUAUUGGGGCUCUUUCCAGUUUUAGCUCUUCUGAAGAAAACUGGUAUUGAGCGUAUUGGAAUGGUGUUGUGGGUACUACUUUUGUAUUAUAUAUCUUUGUCACAUCUUUCAGUUUCUAUACGGUUUGUUUGUGCACUGAUUUCCCUCCCCCCAUUAUUAUGGCUAAUGGUUCAUUGGUUUUAUUAAACUUCUCAAACAACCAUA